UAUCCGAAAAAAUAUCGUUUUAGAACUAUCGAUUAAAAAGUAUCGGUAACGAAUGGCAAAAUUAUCGAUAUGAUAUCGUAUCGUAACGUAUUCGUGUACCUAGACAAGAUAUGCCAUUUUUGUAUUAUUUUUAAACGUCUGUGUUUUGAGCUGCAAGGUUUAUCGAAGAAAACAAUUAGUCACUUUUCGUUAAUACUUUCGUAGUCACGAUUGUCGGUAUAUUGCAAAUAAGAGGCUUUAACUGACAUGGGUCAAAAAGUUUCACGUACUGAUUUCGAGUGGGUAUAUACGGAAGAACCCCACGCUACCAGACGCAAACUGAUUUUAGAAAAAUAUCCUCAAAUAAAAAAGCUUUUCGGAUAUGAUCCGAAGUUCAAAUGGAUUGCCGGGGCCAUGGUAUUGCUCCAGAUGCUUGCUUUAUUCGUAGUAAAAGAUAUAUCUUGGCCUUUGUUAAUAGUCGCAGCAUAUUGUUUUGGAGGCAUUUUAAAUCACUCGCUCAUGUUAGCGGUGCAUGAAAUAUCGCAUAAUUUGGCCUUUGGACAUAGUCGUCCAAUGCACAAUCGCAUCUUGGGCUUUAUAUGCAAUUUGCCUAUUGGACUACCUAUGUCGAUUUCUUUCCGCAAAUA